AUGUCCUCCUUCGACUCCGUCGCGGCCGUCGUAGGCGAUGACGACGGGCUACCGCCAGCCCCCUUCGACCCUGCCGUCAUCCAGGACGGCGGCGAGCAGCAGCCGGGGCUCGGCAUGCGCCGCGGCCACCGCUUCGCCGCGUCCUACUCGUCGUUCGGCACUGCCGUCUCCGAGGACGACCUGGGCGGCAUCGCGGGCGAUGGCUGCGGGUACGGCGGCUUCGGCUUCGGCAUGCACCCGGAUUCCAGCGGCGGCGGCCAUGGCGCGUACGGGUACGCCGAGGACGCGGGGAACGGCGUGGAGCAUGUCAUGGGCGCCCAGGACGUGAUGGACGGCGCCGCGCACGGCCGCGUGGGAGGGGGCAUCGGUGGCGGCGGCGGCCUCCUCGACGAUGACCUGUUCGGUGCGGCUGCCGACGACGGGCCCGUCCUGCCGCCGCCGGAGGCCAUGAGGGAGGAGGGCAUCCUCCGCCGGGAGUGGCGCCGGUGA